AUGAAUGGGGAUAAAAUUGAUCAUCACAAGGACCCCAGGCCAAUCCUGGUUCUGAAUGAAGGCGCAGGAGGGAACACGGAGCUGGGAAGGGAAGGGAAGCUGGUGGCCAAGGCCCUGAGCCCCAAAUCCAGGAGCAAGAGGCUGUCGGAGAAGAUCCGAUCCAUUUUCACCUUCAACAUCCCCCGCAAUCCCGAGGAGGACGGUGUGAUGGACCACAUGGUGAGGAUGACCACGUCCCUCGCCAGCCCUUUCGUGGCUACCGCUUGCCAAACCAUCUGCCCCGACAGCCCGCCCGAGGUGGGCAAGCGCAGGCUGUCGGUGCCGGAGAUCCUCGGGCAGCACGUGCCGGAUCCGGACGGCGAGUCCCAAACGUCCUCGCGCCCCGGCACCCGGGGAUCGUCCUGCAACGGCCAAGCCACGUCCGAGGUGCGGCUGCUGCCGCCGCCACGGCCGCCCAGCCGCCUCCUGAGCUUCCUCCCGCUGUGGCUGCGCCGUGGGAACAGCAUCUUCCCCGGGGAGCCCGUCCCAAAAAUCAAAGUGAGCAAAGCCUCGGGCUCGUCCGCCGGGGAGCGGAAGCCACGCGUGAAGGACAAGCACCUGCUGCAGCCGCCUCAGUGGAGGUACAAGACGCUGAAGGAGGAGAAGAAAGCGGCCGAGGAGGCCAAGACGGGGGAGAAGAAGAAGAAAAAGAAAAAGAAACGUUAAGGAGGGAGGUGUCGGGGUGGGGACGAGGUUCUUGCUGUCCCCUUGGAUCCGCUGGCUUUUCUGGCACAGGGGUGGUUUUGUUCCCGGAGGAUGGGAAUGUCCAAGGGAGGAGGAUGAUGUGGGAGGACACACCCAGCUGAAAUAUCCCCGAGGGUUCACAGGCCCCUGCCUGGCCUCUUGUCCUCUCCACCCCAAGGGUGGUACAUGUUGUGCUGGGCGCUGAUGUCCUGAGACCCUGGCCCAAGCUCCAGGGAUGCCAGGGAGCAGGAUUGUGGCACAAGUCCUUCCUGUGUUU